CAAGCGUGUUCUGUGUAGCCUCCUUCUCCUUCUCUCGACAUGUGUUAACCUAACUUUUUCCAUGCUUUACCAUUGACAUUAACCAUCUAAAUAUUGUAAAUCGGGUUUUCUGAGAUUGAAAACAGCACAAGUACAAUAAAUUUAUUUGAAAUUCUAUAUAAUGUCAAUUGAAACCGAAAAAGAAAAUUAUCAUGAUCUUACACUGCAGACAGAAAAGACUGAUUCUGAAGAUGUAAAGAUGAAAACAGAUGAUUCUAAAACUUCUGAGAUUGAAAAUUCUAUAGCGGAAGAAACAACUUCGAAUGGUGAGAGUGGUUCUAAUGCAUUUAUGGAAAAUUUUAUGACUGAAGAAAGCAAUGUCGUUGAUCGUACAAAUGAAGAUUUUUCCAAAACAAGAUUGUCGAACAAAGACACUGUAGAAGCUGAAAAUGAUACAGGAAUUGUACCAGUUGUUAUUGACAAUGUGGAAACUUUUCUCAAACAAUAUCCCGAACAAAACCUAAACCAAAUGCCGCAGUCGCUAAGGGAAAUACAGAAGUAUCGCACAGAUUCUUCAAGUAGUUCAAGCAGUGAUGAUGACUCUGAAGAGGAUAGCGAGGGUUCUGAUUCAGAGAAUGAUUCUAGUUCAGAGGAUGACUCUACGUCAGAGAAUGAUUCUAGUUCAGGGGAUGAUUCUAGUUCAGACGAUGAUUCUAGUUCAGAGGAUGAUUCUAGUUCAGAGAAGCAUUCUAAUUCAAAGGAUAAGGUAAAGAAAAGGAAAGUCCGAGGGAAAGUCUUAAAUACAAAUAAAAAGAAUCCACAAGAAGAACCUCCCGAAUCAUGGCUAUCGAUUUUAGGGAUUGAUAAAAUGUUCACAGAAUUACCUGACAUUUCCUCAUUGGACUUGAAUGAUGAAGAAGAAUUUGUACAUAUGGGAGUAUUUGAGCAUGUUAUUGAUAAUAUUGUUACAGUUAAUGCGCUUCCACAAAUGCCUGCAUAUGAUCUCGACACAUUGUUGUUUUUGGAAGAAGGUAAAAAAGUUUUGGGUUAUGUUGUCGAUGUCAUGGGCCCUGUCACAUUGCCUACUUAUAUCAUACCUAUGACUUCUGCGGAAGUGCUGGAAGAUCUACAACUUCAAAAAGGAACAAAAGUGUAUUGUGCCCCUAAAAGCAAAUAUACUAAAUACAUUGUUCUUGAGGAAUUAAUGAAAAACCGUGGCUCAGAUGCUUCUUGGGUGGGAGACGCUGAGAUACCUCCAGAGUUGCAGGAAUAUUCAGACGAUGAACAGGAGCGUGCGAAUAAAGCUUCCAAAAAAAAUGUGAAGCGUAAACGAACUCAGGAUAAUGAUGCAGAAAGCAUACAUAACAUGGACCGGUUACCUGGUGGGCGUGCACCACCUGUAACAAACUCAAACAUAUAUCAAACACAAAAUUUGGGGAUGGUAAAGAGCACCCCAAUGGAAGGUCCUCCGCAAUUCAGAAGCACUCUACCAAAUUUUGGUGCUACAAUGUAUAGACAGCCAAAUCAUUUGGUAGUGAAUCCUUUUGCCGGACCGAAUUUGUAUAAUUUUCCAAUGGUUCCAAUAUUCAACCCUUCUGUUCCACCACCUAAUUUUCGAGCCCCUAUUUUUGCACCUCUAGUUGGACACAGGUUUCCUCCCCCAUAUUUUGGUGUUAAUGCACCACCACCACCUCAAAAUUUCAACCCUAGAGGACACAUGUAACUGUACAAUUUUCUGAUUUUGACACAAGUAACAAUGUAACUGUUUCGUAUAAUUUAGGUAAAAAAAGCUGCUCAUUUGUUCUUUAAGUAUAUUUUUUAAUCUUGGUUUGAAAUAUCCAAUGUUUUUUUAGAGUUUUCAUUUUAAAUUGAACAUACAGGCUGUGAUAUUGUAUAAUUAAUGUAAAAUAUAUAGGUAAAGUAAU